UAUAUUAAUUUGAGCAUAAGAUAUUAUUUAUUUUAAAUUCUUAAAUUAUUAGAGAAUGAAGAAAUUCAAGAACAUUGAAAAUAUAGCUGGCUGUCUAAAGCUACUGCAACUCUCUCUCUCUCUCUCUCUCUCUCUCUCUCUAAGCUUUUUUGUCUUGAAGUCUGAAGGAAAGAGAAGUUAAUCAAGAGAGGAGAACAAGAAUAUUUGUUGAAGUUGGUCGUCGGAGGUCAAAGUCAAACUCCGGUUACCGGAAAAAGUCAAGAAUGAGCGCAUCUCGGUUUAUAAAGUGCGUGACAGUCGGCGAUGGAGCUGUUGGGAAGACCUGUAUGCUUAUUUCUUACACCAGCAACACUUUCCCCACUGAUUACGUGCCUACAGUUUUUGACAAUUUUAGUGCAAAUGUUGUGGUAGAUGGGAGCACUGUAAAUCUUGGAUUGUGGGAUACUGCAGGUCAAGAAGAUUACAACAGAUUGAGACCUUUGAGUUAUCGAGGUGCUGAUGUCUUCAUACUUGCAUUUUCCCUCAUUAGCAAGGCCAGCUAUGAGAAUGUCUCCAAAAAGUGGAUUCCUGAAUUGAGGCACUAUGCGCCAGGUGUUCCAAUCAUCCUUGUUGGAACAAAGCUUGAUCUUCGAGAUGAUAAACAGUUUUUGAGUGACCAUCCUGGUGCGGUUCCAAUAACUACAGCUCAGGGAGAGGAGCUGAAGAAGCUAAUUGGUGCCCCUGCUUACAUCGAGUGUAGUUCAAAAACACAGCAGAACGUGAAGGCAGUGUUUGAUGCAGCCAUUAAAGUGGUUCUCCAGCCACCAAAGCAAAAGAAGAAAAAGAAGAGAAGGGGUCAAAAAUCAUGUUCCAUUCUGUAAGUUUGUGCACAAGAUUUUUAGUGAUGAAUGGAAUGGAAAAAUGGGAAGAAAGUUUGACUUUUCAAUGGUGAAUGCUCAAGUGUUGAUCACUGUGGCCUUUAUAUAGUUUUUGAUGAAUUUGCUCACUUUUAUUGUGUUUUGUGUUGUGUAAGUUGAUAUAUGUAAUUCUUUAACACCAAAUAGUUGAGACUUUAGGGGACUAUUUGGGUAAUAUGUAAUAUGGUUUUAUGUAGAUUGUGGAAAGAUGAUGAUUUUAAGAGGGUUGAAAAUGAAAUUACUUUUGAAUGAUUACUAUA